AUGCCGUACCUCGAAGAUGGCGAAACCUGGUCUGCAGACUACGAUGUCGCGGAAGAUGGCAUGGCAGAGAACAGGCCGGGUCACCGGAAGUUCUCCUCGUACCGGCUACCCGUUUGGGCCAAGCAUCCCCUCACCCAUCCCUUCAACGGCAUCAUCACCGGCCCAAGGGACUACAUGUACGCAGCGGGAGAUGGCUUCGUGAACCCCCUCGGCUGGUCGGAUGCCCACAUUGCCUGUAAGUAUGGGGACGUGACCAUGCUGGAGAGGAGCACGCCGGAGGCCCUCAGCCGGCCCACCUCCAUGGGAGAUCUUCCGGCCCACUAUGCUGUGAUGUACGGCACCCCCUGGUGCCUGGCAAAGCUCGUGGAACUUGGCGCUGACACGAUGUCGUGCAACAACGCGGGCGACACCCCGGAGACGAAGAUCUGGAAGGUCAAGGAGCUCCACGCGCAGGAGCAGGAGUGGCUGUUCCAGGCCCUUAAGGGUGAGCUGAGCGAGAAGAAUUCGGUGAAGUCGCAGGAGUACCACCUCGUGAAGCACCGGGCCAUGGGGAAUGACCCAGUUGUGACAGAGAGGUUAGACAAGGACCUCCUGAAGGCACGCAAGUACAAGUUCGGGCUGGGUGAGUACGUGAAGCCGUAUGAAGUGCCCGAGCACAUUCUGCAGCGUCCGCUGGACCUGCCCAUGUCGAAGGUCGAGCUGCCCGUGAAGAAGGAGCCGCCUCUUCCGGUCGCGCUCCUGUUUCCUGGCCAGGGCUCGCAGUAUGUGGGCAUGUUGAAGGACGUUAUGGAACGCCCUGCCGUCAAGAGUAUGCUGAGCCGCGCGCAGACCAUCCUAGGAUGGGACCCACGUGAGCUUUGCCUCAAUGGCCCUGCGGAGAAGCUGGAAGAAACCCAGUACUGCCAGCCCAUCAUGUUCUUGGCUGGAUUAGCUGCCGUGGAGGUGCUCCGCGAGACUAGGCCGGAUGUGGUGGACCGGCCAUUCUGCAUGGCUGGCCUCUCCCUGGGCGAGUACACGGCCAUCGCGGCUGCAGGGGUGCUGAGUUUCGAAGACGGCCUCAAGCUGGUACAGCUGAGAGCAGAGGCUCUCUGCCGCGAUUUCCUCUUCAGAGUCUGCGGAGUCAUCCUACAUAUGGAGCUAGAGUUCGAGCUAUGA